GGCGCUGAGAUGCAGCUGUGGGAUGCGGAGAGGGGAGUCCCGACUCUGCGUGGCCGAUGUUAACCUCUUUCUGGGGCCGAACAAACGCUACGGGUGGUCUGUUCCCUGGAGACCGCCUUGAGGAGGGAGGAGAGAGAGCGAGGGAGAGAAAAGAGGAGGCGGGUGCUGUCUGCGCUCGUUACAACAGUCACCAACCUGUGGAUGGUGGCAGUGCGUGCUGCGGAUUAGAUACAGUCUCGCGCUGGGGAGACUCAGUGUGCGCGAGCCCGUCUCUUGCUGCCAGGACCGCGACAACAAGUGCAGGACAUGCGGUGCUUGUGAAGAGGAGCUCUGGCUGCAUGAAUGGCCCCGCUAUGGACGAAGUUCCGUUUCCCAGAGUCCGCACGUGGCAGAGGAAAAGUCGCUGCCUGGCCGGCGCGUGCGAGCGUGAGUUUGACUGCAAGGAGCUCGAGACUCUCUUCCAGAAGUACAACCUGAAGCUCGAGCAGACCGCCACGCUCAAAGCGCUGGCCAUCCUCAUCCUCGCCGCGUCCGCAUUGGCGCUCGUGGAGCUGCUGUCCGCCGGCUCGCGCUUCACCGUGUCCAAGGGCUCGCACCCGGUCCACUGCGUCAUCUUCACCUCGCUCUUCAUCGUCACCAACGUCAAAUAUCUGCAGGUCACGCAGCUGCAGCAGAUCGCGCGGCUCGCGUUGCUCUUCAGCUUCACGUUCGCGUUGCUCUGUUGCCCGUUUCCUCUCGUGCUGGGUCACGGGACGCAGGGCGCGCAGGGGCCUGACGCACCGAGCACAACACCUGAGCAAGGUGUCUGGCAGUUGAUGCUCGUUAUUUUUGUUGCCUACUUUCUGCUACCGGUCAGGACGCUCUUGGCGGUUUUGUUCGGCAUCUUGGUGGCUGCGUCGCAUUUCAUCGUGAUGGCGACAUCGGUAACGGCGCGUAAACCUCGCGUGUGGACACCGCUGGUAGCAAAUGCAGUGUUGCUGGUCGGCGUGAAUCUGUCGGGUGUGUUUGUUCGAGUCCUUACUGAGCGCGCCCAAAGGAAGGCCUUCCUACAGGCCAGAAACUGUAUCCAACAGCGCCUGCAACUAGAGGACGAGAACGAGAAACAGGAACGCCUUCUAAUGAGCCUGCUGCCCAGAAAUGUUGCCAUGGAGAUGAAGGAGGACUUCCUGAAGCCACCAGAAAGAAUCUUCCAUAAGAUAUACAUCCAACGACAUGACAAUGUCAGCAUCCUGUUUGCAGACAUUGUGGGCUUUACCAGUCUAGCUUCACAGUGCACGGCCCAGGAGCUGGUCAAACUGCUGAACGAGCUCUUUGGGAAGUUUGAUGAGCUUGCUACUGAAAACCAUUGCAGGAGGAUUAAGAUCUUGGGAGACUGUUAUUACUGUGUGUCCGGCCUGACCCAGCCCAAAGCGGACCACGCUCACUGCUGUGUGGAGAUGGGUCUGGACAUGAUCGACACCAUCACGUCUGUUGCAGAGGCUACUGAGGUGGACCUGAACAUGCGUGUGGGUUUGCACACGGGCCGUGUGCUGUGCGGGGUUCUCGGGCUCCGCAAGUGGCAGUAUGAUGUCUGGUCCAAUGACGUGACACUGGCCAACAUGAUGGAGGCAGGAGGACUGCCUGGGAAGGUUCAUAUCACCAGAGCAACGCUGGAAUGUCUGAAUGGAGAUUAUGAAGUGGAGCCGGGAUUCGGCCACGAGAGACACUCUUUCCUCAGCAAACACGCCAUCGAGACGUUCUUCAUCGUGCCCUCACACAGACGCAAGAUUUUUCCUGGGCUGAUCCUAUCAGACAUAAAGCCAGCGAAAAGGAUGAAGUUUAAGACAGUCUGUUACCUUCUGGUGCAGCUCAUGCACUGCAGAAAGAUGUUCAAGGCUGAGAUCCCUUUUUCCAACGUCAUGACCUGUGAGGAUGAUGACAAGAGACGAGCGCUGCGAACAGCUUCCGAGAAACUGCGGAAUCGGACAUCAUUUUCGGCGGGCAUGGUGCAGAACUCUCCCGGGACCAGAGUGAACCGUUACAUCGGCCGUCUGAUAGAAGCACGACAGACGGAGUCUGAGACAGCAGACCUCAACUACAUUACCCUCACAUACAGGAGCAGAGAGAGAGAGCAGAGAUAUCAGCAAGUGUAUGACGAUGCCUUCAUCAGUGCGGUGGUUAUCUCGCUUGUCCUCACUUCAUUUUUUGCAGUGGUCUAUUUUCUCAUCUUUCCUCAAGGUUUUCUGGUUGUGAUUCUGCUGGUUCUCUGUUUGUGUUUCCACAUGGCAAGUGUGAUGUACCUUCACAUCACUCAUGUGCAGUGCUCUCUUGACUGUCUGACCCUGCAGAUCAGAACGGUUCUGUGCGGGUUUCUGGUGCUGCUGAUGUACUCCGUGACCCAGGGGUGUGUGGUGGAAUGUGUACCGUGGUCACUGGAGGGGAAUUCCAAUGUCUCCAUGGUGACAGUUGUCACAGUCAACGGGACCGGCGUGGGCUCCAGGGUGUGCAAAUACACUCCGUACAUAUUUUUAUCAUGUGUGAUGGCUUCGCUAUCUGUGGCUCUGUACCUCCGUGUGUCAUCACUACCCAAGAUCCUCCUGCUUCUCCUUCUCAACAUCCUCCACACUGUCGUCAUGGAGACCAGCGGCUAUCGGAAGGCCAUAGGAGGUGGAUUCUUUCACACACAUGGCUAUGACCCGGUUCUGGCAAUGUUGUUGUUUUCUGGAGCUCUAGUGCUUCACUGCAGACAGCUGGACCUCAAACUCAGACUGGACUACCUCUGGGCCACCCAGGCUGAGGAGGAGAGAGAUGACAUGGAGAGAGUGAAGUUGGACAAUAAAAGGAUUCUGUUCAACCUUCUGCCUGCACAUGUAGCUCAACACUUUCUGCUGUCCAACCCGCGAAACAUGGACCUGUAUUAUCAGUCUUACUCUCAGGUGGGCGUCCUGUUCGCCUCCAUCCCCAACUUUAAUGACUUCUACAUUGAGCUGGAUGGAAACAACAUGGGUGUGGAAUGCCUCCGGCUGCUAAACGAGAUCAUCGCCGACUUUGAUGCGCUGAUGGAUAAGGAAUGCUACAGAGACAUUGAGAAGAUCAAAACGAUUGGCAGUACUUACAUGGCUGCGGUCGGACUCGUCCCCACUGCAGAAUCCAAGGUAAAGAAGUCCAUUUCUGUGCACCUGUGCACAGUGGCUGAUUUCGCCAUUGAGAUGUUUAACGUACUGGAUGCGAUCAACUACCAGUCCUACAAUGACUUUGUGCUUCGAGUUGGAAUCAAUGUGGGUCCAGUGGUUGCCGGCGUAAUCGGGGCUCGCAGGCCUCAGUACGACAUCUGGGGAAACACAGUCAACGUCGCCAGCAGAAUGGACAGCACUGGCGUUCAGGGGAAAAUACAGGUGACCGAGGACGUCUUCCGCCUACUCUCUGGUUAUUAUCACUUUCAGUGUCGUGGCCAGGUCAGCGUGAAGGGCAAAGGUCAAAUGCUCACCUACUUUCUGGAGGGCCGAACCGUGCAAGGUGGGCAGCACAUGCGACCCAAGAGCCCCGAGCACGGGUCGAGCCCUUGCAUCCGGACCAAACUGGGAUCAGCGCCUGCUGUCAGCAGCUACGGGGUGAAAAGUCACAUCGUAGGGCACGUUAGCACCCCAAACAACAGCAUUAUGUACCUGCCCUCUGUUUCCGUCGACAUGGAGAUGGAGGUGUGAUCGCCAAGAAGACUGGUUCUAUGGUGAUCAAUCGAUGCAUUAGUAAAUCAGAGGCAGGGAGGGAAACCGAGCACAAGGUAGGAAGUAAGAUGAAAAACGAGGAGAGACGAGACAGUCAUUGCACUGAGGAGAGAAACAUUCAAACGUGCCAAACCGAGAAAGGCUCUCCCCCUUCACGCAAGUACAUAAUAAGCAUGUAUGUCUUUCCGUGUGCACGUAUGCGUGUGUUUCAAUGAGUCUUCCCCGACCAACAGGAUAUCAGGGUCUCCUAAACGGGAGCAUGCGAUCUACUGCAAAAGGCAGCUUCACACCAGCCGAGGAGACACAUACCCAGCGUGUGUGUGAGAGUGUGCGUCUGUGUGCAUGUGUUAUCUUGCAUCUGAAAAUGUCAAGAGAUGCCACGGCGAUGAAUAUUUUGAACACGUGAGUGGUGAGGACCAAACAUUUCGUUUAUAACAGCGCUGUAUUUUGUACGAGACUGAGUCAGGGCAGUUUCUGAGACGACAGAACACGUGUUGGGUUUUUCCCACAAAGACAAAGGAAAAGAUGGUUCCUCAUAUUGAGAUUUGCUUUGAAUAAAUUGUUUACAUGAAGAACACGUCACGGGAUUACAGACCUGAUAGCAAAGUUAUUCCCAGCUCUUCAGUUUUCAGGCACUCGCCUGCGGUUGCAGAGAGAGAGAGAGAGGCAGAAAUACUAAACAACCGCAGUGAAUCAGAGACUGCAAUGAUUUACUAGUGAAUGCUAACACUAUCCUGUUUUGUAAUCAUUUACAGAAAGUCGGUCGAGUCUGUGACAUGGGUAAAUGUUUAACUUUGCGUGGGUUGAAUCAGCACAGUUUUCCUGUAUGUGAUGUUUGUAUGCACUUGGUGCUUGGACAAAACAUCUGUAUGCACUUGCUGCUGCCCUUUGCCCUCUGGGAAAUGCUUUCCAGUAAUAACAUGACAACCGAUCCCAUUGCGUUUAAUAAGCGCCAAGGACAUGAAAUAUCGAUACAAUCGAGAAGCCAGCACAAUCGAGGCUGUCACUGAUAAUACUAUUCACAAAAAGCAACCAAAUUGGCUUCCAGUAUGUGAUCAAAUGGCUUAAUAUACAUUUAUUCCACAUAUAUUUUGUCUGUGGUUUUGCCAAGUGGCACUUCACUUUCAGAUUCUCCUAUCAACAGUAGCAUCUCUCACUGUGCUUGCGGAACGAUCUUUACCACGCGGUUGAACAUGCAUGAUAUUUUAGUGCUGGAUGUGUCAUGUGCUCUCUAGAUCUUAGGUUAAACAUCUGGAUUUUAGUGCAUCUGUUUCAGAGCAUGCAAACAUCUCAAACCUGCUCUCGGUUUGGAAAGCCUCACAAGCCUCAUUUCAGAUUUCAGAACGAUCUUUUGAUUUUCUUUAUGUGCUAUUACUGUAUCUUUGAUAGAUUUCCCAUGAUGCCUAGGCAAUGAAGUUUGGCUUCAAGCAUGCCGUUCUGCAUGUCCCUCUCAGCAUGCCGUAAUUCUGUCACGUCGCUCUAUUUGAUAACUGAUUUGUGUCUCUAAUGCAUGCCUACUGCAAAAAGAAAACCAAGGGUGAAAAGUGUUGAAGAUAUGUUGCGAGACAUGCUUUAGUAGCACAGCAUGAGCCCAGAAUAAUGGCCUUGAUGAACCGAAACAUAUUUUUUUGUUAUCCGAUGGCGUAUCCGCUUACCUGGUCCAUGCGUGGUGCUGUGGGGGAAAGCUUUCUGGGAGUUUUGUAGCAUUGGCGCCUUGUCAAGCUC